UGGGAAUCAAAGAGCCUAGGUCAGAACUAAAGCACUUUAGAAACACAAACAAAAAUAACAGUACUUUGCUUGCAGAAACAGGAAAUCAGUUAUCAAGAACAGAACUGGAUUAGCUUCAAGGAGACUUUGAAUUUCAGCAAAGAAUCUCCUUCUUCUUGUUCAAGGGUGUUACAGUGUUUCAAGAAAUUAAGAGGAUAGAUCAUCAUCAUCAUCAAUCGAAGACUUUUAUCAAUUCAGAGAGAGACAGAGAGAAAGUGGGAAAUGGUCUGGUUAGCAUGGCUCCUCUCCUUCUUUCUUCUCAUCGCUUUGCUUGCCCUAUUAGUUUACCAGCUUAUGUGCUUAGCAGACUUGGAGUUUGAUUAUAUCAAUCCAUAUGAUUCAGCGGCAAGGAUAAACAGUGUAGUUUUGCCCGAAUUCAUUGCACAAGGAGUUCUGGCCAUUCUUUUUCUCCUAUCAGGGCACUGGGUUAUGUUUCUUCUCAAUAUCCCAUGCCUUUACUAUAAUGUCAGACUUUAUAUCGGGAAGCAGCAUUUAGUAGAUGUAACUGAGAUCUUCAACCUGCUCAACUGGGAAAAGAAGCAACGGCUUGUUAAGCUAGUCUAUCUUGUUCUUGUCCUCUUUUUAACCCUAUUUUGGUUGAUUUAUAGUGUGCUGGAGGACGAUGAGUGAUAAGCAGAACACUUUAUGUUGCAUCUGUCCCCCAAACAUGCCACAAGGGAUCAAAGCUCUCUACUGAAAAACUAAGGACCACACGCAGAUGUGUCUUGAAGAUGAUGAUCCCUCGUAUCUGCUGUUUUUGCAGUGUUGUACACUCAUUUAUUGAACUUAAAUUUCUUGUGCAAUUGUAAUUUUAUGGUGCCUGGUGGUUCAAUUUUUCAUUCAUCCCUAAUUUAAUCUUCUUUUGGUUCUUUUUUUACCCCUGAAGUUGUAAGAAAGAACAACUUUCUACAAGCAUAGCAUUGGGUUAUGUAGCUGUUUGUUUUGAUGUUUUAGAAAAUAUGAAUAAGUGUGUUCCUGGAAUUUCAAUUUUUCCGAGAAAAACGGUGCUGACUUUUGAACCC